GAAGGGCCAAUAAGAGAAAAGUGUCCCAGUCCUGAGGAGGAAAGAGGGUGGUGUGGAUUCAAACUAAGUCUGAAGGUUUUCCAGUCCCUGGAACACACACUCUCUCUCUCUCUCUCUCUCUCUCUCUCUCUCUCUCUCUCUCUCUCUCUCACACACACACACACACACACACACACGCACACACACACACUACAAACACCAACCGAGAGCCGGUCUGGCCGUCUUCGAGUCCUGGCGCGGCUCACAGGAACCACGGGAGAGACAAAGCAACAUGACAGACGGGUCAAAAGUCAACAAGCCUGAGGAUACUGCAGACUUUGUCGUCAUGGAAACCGGAACCUGGCAGCGGACGCAAGGACCGCCGAUGGAAGAAUGAGCUGCCUUGACCGCGUCCUCCACACGCCACCUUCACACAACUGUGCUGAGAGAAUGCUGUGGACAAUAAGCAUCCCGGUCUUACUAGCUGGUGUGCUGUGCCUCACCGGCGAGACCAGAAGGCACCGCCCCCAUGGCUACAUCCCGUCCCCGUACAAGACUAAAGGGAACCUGUCCUCCGUGCGCCACCACCGGCUCCUCCAUCAGAAGCCCGAGGUGCUGUCCUCCAGCCGGGAGGCCUUGGUGGUGACCGAGCGUCGCUACCUCCGCAGGGACUGGUGUAAAACCCAACCCUUACGCCAGACCAUCAGCGAAGAGGGUUGCCGGAGCCGCACGGUGGUCAACCGCUUCUGCUACGGCCAGUGCAACUCCUUCUACAUCCCCCGGCACCUGGGUCCCCAGAAUCCAGGGCACGGUUCCGGAAGGAAAGGCCACAACAAAGCCCAGGAGCCCUUUCAGUCGUGCUCCUUCUGCAGACCGCACCGCGUCACGCAGCUGACCGUGCAGCUGGACUGCCCGGACCUGCGGCCGCCUUACCGGCACCGCAAAGUCCAGCGGGUCAAACAGUGCCGGUGCAUGUCGGUGGAGGUGAACGGACACGGGAAGCUGUGAUGGCGGAGACAACAGCUUCUUGUUCGAGACAUGAAGCACAGACACUGAUUGAAGAGCACAGGACCUGUGGACAAGGGUCUAAGAGACUUGUGGUGUGGAUAAGGGUCUAUGAGACUUGUGGUGUGGACAAGGGUCUAAGAGACUUGUGGUGUGGACAAGGGUCUAAGAGACUGGUGGUGUGGACAAAGGUCUAAGAGACUUGUGGUGUAGACAAGGGUCUAAGAGACUUGUGGUGUGGACAAUGGUCUCAGAGACUUGUGGUGUGGACAAGGGUCUAAGAGACUUGUGGUGUGGACAAGGGUCUAAGAGACUUGUGGUGUGAACAAAGGUCUAAGAGACUUGUGGUGUGGACUAGACAUGGACUUCUAAGCCAGAGCCACAUGCCAGGUCUUUUCCCUGUAGCAGAUGGUGGACUGGACUUCAGGAGGACUAGUCUUCUUUCCAACGCCUGUUCAGUGUCCCAGAUGAUGCACAGACCAAGGAGCAUCCAUCAAUCACCAGACCGUGCCGGAGUCACACCUCAAAAAUAUUUGCAGAGAAAACAAACAUGAAUAUAGCUCGGUUGGUAGAGCGGCCGUGCCAGCAACUUGAGGGUUGCAGGUUCGAUUCCCGCUUCCGCCAUCCUAGUCACUGCCGUUGUGUCCUUGGGCAAGACACUUUACCCACCUGCUCCCAGUGCCACCCACACUGGUUUAAAUGUAACUUAGAUAUUGGGUUUCACUAUGUAAAGCGCUUUGAGUCGCUAGAGAAAAGCGCUAUAUAAAUAUAAUUCACUAAUUCACAAAUUUUGUGGGAAAUGACAAAGAAAUGAAGAACAUUUGAUUGAAAAACAAAACAAAACGUGUUAGCAUUCAGUUUCAUGUAGGGGUGUAAUCGUGCGGCAUCACGCUUUGCUACAUAUUUCGCUUUUAAGGUCAGGAUUCAGUUUGUUGUGUAAGACAACAAAAUAACUUAAAUAAAACGUAGAAAAACGGGAAUCUUUCUCCGCAAAAAACUACAAUAACAAAAAAAUGGUAUUUUCCGGACUACAAGUUGCUACUUUUUGCCGUGCUUUGAACGGUGCAGCUAAUUUAUGGACUUUCUUUGAUAACAGCCAUAAUGUUGUGCCUUCAACCGAAAGUAUAAGUCCUGUUUAUCCUACCAUACGUCCAUAGUGGUUCUGCUCCAAAAGAAUCAUUCAUUCGUCAUUUCAAGCAACAUUUGCGAGUUUUACAAUACAACUAAAACAAUUCUUACCUAUUUAACUGUUCCAUUAGUAACGCCUGAGGGUUUUCAUGCAUAUUUCUACGUGCUAGCAUAAUGCAAUAGCGUGAGCAAAUAUGCUGUGUCUGUUUUAGUAUUAUUCACUUACAAUAGCAUUCUCAUUUUAUCGUUUCAGUUUCAUAAAUUCACUAAAACGUCACCAUGGAGUCUGUUUAGCUGAAUGUAGAGCUAGCUUGCGCAGCUAGUGGGUCCAUGACACUGACUUCUGUUUUGUUUGACCAGCCGUUUUACUGCCCUGUUACAGACACCGUUUCACAAAAUCUUUCGUAUCGGUAAAUAUUUGCAGCUUACAGCCCGGUGCUUAAUAUACCGCAUUUCCUUGAAUUGCCGCCGGAGCGCUAAUUAAUUUAAAACCUCUUCUCACUCCGGCGCUUACCAAAGGCAUGCGGUAAAUUUAGGCCUGCGCUUAUAAAUUUGAGUGUGAUGUAAGGAUACCAUCAUGAAAAGCACAUUUAAUAACAAAAAACGUUAUUAUGGUCUUACCUUUACUUAUAAAUGAAGUCCAUGCGCAGCUCCUUCUGAUCAAAAGCAUCGAUAACUUGUUUAUAGAAGUCUUCCUUAUCUUUCUUCAGUUUUAAAAGUCUCUCUGUCUCGAUGGAGAUCUUCCUUUAUUACCUCCUGCUUCGAUUAAAAGUCCAGUUUAGAAAACUGUUUUAUUUUAGAUAUGUAAUCCCCCAUGUUAAAAGUGCAAGCGAGAGGAAAAAAUAAACGAUCGCUGCUUGUUGUCACUUCUUCUGCACCAGGAGGCGGGAGUCAUUUAAUGAGUCAUAUUUGACACACGCAGCUACGGUAUAUUAAUAAAACAUAGCUGCUUACUGUUCUUUUUAGCAUAUUCAAUAACUUGGAACUUAAAUCCUACUAAAUAGCUCUUAAUCUUCUUCCCUUUAUGCGAUUUCAAAUGAUUGAAAUCAGCCUCCUCCAUUUUGAAAAAUGAUGACAGGUGAAGUGUCACUCGUGACGUGACGAGUUUGACCCGGUGGAAAUUCUAGGCAUAUGCUAAUUAUUUUUGCGAAACAAGUUUGACCCGGCAGAAAUUCUAGUAAAAAUAAUAUUUUGCAAAACGAGUUUGACCCGGCCUUAAUCCAUACUAAGCAUGCGCUAAUUAUUUUGCGAAACGAGUUUGACCCGGCAGUAAUUCUAGGCAGGCGCAUACUAUGCACCCGGCGGCAGUUCAAGGAAAUACGGUAUAUGCAAAAAUAUUAAUUUCUUAAAUAUUAAUACGCUCUACAGGCCAGAGAAUACGGUAAUGAAAACAACAUGUAGAAAAGCACUCAGGCCUUCUCCCCCUUUAGUAACAAAUCCUUUUGUUCGUCUGUCGCUUCCAAACAGGCGGCGAGAGGGUUCACUCUUUGCAUUGGCGUCAUCUCACGGGCACGCUUGUUUUAUAACGGAAUGAAAUAAACGGAGUGAACCCUCUUGUCCAGUCAUCCACUCUCCCCACGGAGAAGUUUAGCCUUGCCUUGAACAUGCAAUAACGUAGUAGAAAUGAUCCGGAUCAGCCCCAAAUUGUAAUCACCUGUGUUUCAUCCCAUUUCUGACACUUCCUGAAAACAACACCUUGUGAGUUAUAUUAUACUUUAGACGAGCUCGAAUCACUUCAUCAAAUACUGAAACACAGUGAUACUGUUCAAAUUGUGUUUAACAUUACAGUGGCCAAAAUAUGGAAUAUGCUUGUUAAAAUAAAACCUCUGCUUUGUUUCUAAUGAAUACUCAGGCCUACUACGCUAAUGUUGACCCAAAGAAAACUUCCGGGUCCCCAACUUUCAUGGUGGUCCACGUGGCGACAAGUAAGUCGAGAAUGUUGUGUAGCCAAACAUGCGAUGAGUACCGUUACACCCCGACAGUAUUUACAUGUCUUUGAUGCCCCGAAAAGGGACAAGCGGUAAAAAAAAUGGAUGGAGUUUUUGGACUCCUAAAUCCAUGUGAAGACUGAUUCCACAUGUGUGCAAUGCAAUAUAUAUUAUACAAUAUACAUAUUUUAUCUUUGUGUGCAUAUGUGUAAAAUACAAUAAUAAAUCUAUUUUAUAUGUACAUACAAAAA